AAUAUAGAAAGAGAACACCUUAAGAAAUAGUAAAAUGUGUGUCUUAUGAAUUUUAUAAUAAAAAGUAAGUGCGACAAGUGUAUUUAGAAAACUAGCGACAAAUAAUGACAAAGUAUUAAGAGAACUGCUCUACUAUCAACCAAUAAGCCAUCUAUAUCCCCAACAUUUUUUUUCCAAUUUCUGAAGGUGGCCAUUUUCUUGUGAGCAUUGUAAAGUAAAUGAAUUGAUUAGAAUAGAACUAAAAAGAAAUCCUCCAACGAGGCCCUAGUGAAGAAUAAAGAAACGCUUCUAAUCUAAUGGGGGAAAACUCCUUAUCUAAGACAGAUUAAUAAGAAAAUCUGACUAUAACUAAAACAUAAACAGUUGGAGUACAAAUAAGCGAUCUUUAUCAUUAUUCGUCUAUUUGCACGGCUUCAAUAACUCAGCUAUAUGUUUGUGGUGUUUUACUUAUUUUUAUGCAGGCUCCAAUCCCCUUUUGCACCCGUUCUUUUGCAUUUUUUUUCAUUUUUUCCCAACAAUUUGUGGGUUCAAACUUCAAAAUCCAAAUGCUCUCUCCAGAUAAAUUUUACAUUCUGGACCACGAGCUUAAAUGGGUACUUAAACUUUUAUUUAUUUUUAAUUGAUUCAACAAUAUUUAUUUAUAUAUAUAUAUAUAAUGUUCUUAGUUAUUUUCAAGAAAUCACGUUUUCUUCACUCCACAAUCAUACACCAUAAAAUACGCACUCGUGAUGGUCAACCUUAUUAAACACAAUAUAUAAGUUCGUAUUGACAUGUUAACAAUUAGACAAAUAAUUGAUCAAGUCUUAGGUAUAUAUAAUAUAAUUGCACGUUAAACUUGCAUUUUCAUAAAUAAAUGUACCCUGACUUUGAACAGAUUACAGAUCCAUCAUACCAGUCUGUCUAAAUGUAUUAAUAUAACUAGUAAUUAUAAAUCCUCACAGGAAUAAGGCCAAAGUUGACUAUAUUUAAUAAUUAAAACUUGAUUCAGGCUGUUUAACUAAACUUAAACCCAAUAAAAUAACAAAAUAAAUCAUUUUGGGACCGGCUUAAUAUGCCACAUUGAUGAGGAUCUCGUUUUUAAAUUAUUACUUGAUAUAACAAAUAAGACAAACUAAACACAUGGUUCUUUUAUUUAUUUCAAUUUUUUAAUAUUGAUUAUUGAACAAUGAACAUGAUGAAGUUAAAUAAUUUAAUCAGUUGAACUGCAAAUCACCUUCAAAUAUGAUUUGCUAAUUUCAUCAACACCACACCAACACUUCAAAAUGGAAAGUUUUGCUCUUUCUCUCAAUGCAAGCUUCCCUCCUUCAACCCUCCACUCCUCAUUCCGAGCCACAAAAACUACUAAACCAAACCUAACCGCAGCCAAACCACCUAGAGCCGCUGCUUCCGACGUCGGCGGUGAGGAAGUCCAAUCCCCACAAAGAGUAAAAAAACCACUCCAUGAAAUAAUCUUCAAGCCAUUAGACAAUCUCAUCUCCACCUUCAAUAACUCCCACCUCCCUCCCUACCUAGACCCCGAACACGUCCUCUCCGGCAGCUUCUCCCCGACCGAGGAGCUCCCCCCAACCCCAUGCCAGGUGGUAGAGGGCUCCCUCCCGCCGUGCCUCGACGGCGCCUACCUCCAAAACGGCCCAAACCCGCAGUUCACCCCCCACGGCCCAUACCAUCUCGUUGACGGCGAUGGCAUGAUCCACACCGUCAAAAUCUCCAGUGGCGAAGCGACCUUCUGCAGCCGCUUCGUCAAGACCAACAAGUACAUCGCCGAGCGCGAUCUUGGCUACCCCAUUUACCCCAACAUGUUCGGAGCCUUCACCAGCAAAAUCACCGCCUCAUUGCUGCUGACCGCCGCUCGGAUUCUUACCGGCCAGUUCAACCCCUUCGCCAACGGCGUCGGCACCGCCAACACGAGCUUAGCGUUGAUCGCCGGCGAACUCUUCGCACUCGUCGAAACCGACAUUCCGUACCAGAUCACGGUGACGGAGAACGGAGACGUCGCCACCGUUGGUCGCCGCGACUUCGACAGCCCGGAGAGUUUCCAGAUCAUGACGGCGCACCCGAAAUUCGAUCCAGAAACCGGCGAGACGUUCUCCUUCCGUUAUUUCCCGAUUCCUCCGUUUCUGAAGCUUUUCCGAAUCGAUUCCGACGGAAAAAAGCAUAAAUCCGUCCCGAUUUACUCCAUGAAAAAUUGCUCGUUCGUUCACGAUUUCGCUGUGACGAAACGAUUUGCCGUGUUUCCUGAUACUCAGAUCGCGAUCAAGCCAAUUGAGAUUUUGAGAGGCAAAUCGACGAUGAGAGUAGAUCUCGAGAAAAUUCCGAAGCUCGGUGUGAUUCCGAGAUACGCCGCAGAUGAGAGUGAGAUGCAUUGGAUCGAUGCGCCGGGGCUGAAUCUGCUCCACACGGCCAAUUCAUGGGAGGAGGAAGACGGCGGCGGCGAGAUCGUGAUAAUCGCCUCUAACAUGCUUUCAAUUGAGCACGUAGUGGAGCAGAUCGAGCUUGUAGAUCUAUCAAUGGAGAAGAUCUGGGGAACGGAUCCCCUGCUGUGGAGAAAUCACAGCAGGGGCUGCUGUGCUCAAAACGCAGCGUUUCGGAUUGAUGCUAGAUAUGCCUCCAGAGCUCCAUUCAAUGCUGCAUCGAAUAAUUGGAUCAACUAA